AAAUAAGUGAGCAUGGAACAUCCUUUAGAGACAUUUCUGGACAUUUACUUCAUAUACUGCAUGUUUGUCUGUGGAGGGAGAAACUAAAUGUGCCAAGGAUCAAAUCAAAAUGUUGGUUCUGAUCUGGUCAGCUGCGCUUUUCUCUGUGACGGGCAGUGAUGCUGACACAGGAACAGGAAGUGAUACUCUACCGCAGAGCGAGCGAACACCAAGUGGCAGCCAAGUGAAAGUUUUCCUCCAUCUCUGAUUAUCUAGUCUAAACAUAGUUCCAACACCAGCCUACACAGUGACACUGGAUCAGCAACUCUCUCCAUGCUGAAUAUGACAACGAAAGAUUCUGGACAGUACAUCUGUACAGCUAAAUAUAUGAACAAUAUAGUCAACAAUACAGACAACAAAGUCAAUGUAACAGUCAUAUAAGGAGGAGGAAGAAAAAGAACAGAGGCGAGGAUGAAAAACUUCAGUUUAGAGAGUCAGCAGACAUCAGUGAGAAGACAGUGUUGAAGAAUAAAGUAAAACAGGGAGAGACUGAACAUCUCGAGCAUCGAACAUGUUUGUUCUCACCUGGUCGGCUCUGUUUGUCUCUGUAAAAGGCAGCAUUGCUGACACAGGCGCCUCAGCCUUGGCGCAACAACACUGUGACAGAGGAUACUGUCUUAACCUCACUGAGCGAGAACUAACAGCACAGGCUGGACUCUGUGUUGUGAUCCCGUGUUCUUUCACUACUGCUGAUGAGUUUACACCCAAACAUGUAGUUUGGUACAAAUGUGAAGCAUCUAAAAAAUUUUGCACUGAUGCUGACAUAAUAUUUCACAGCAACAAAAACACAGACACAAAAGCUCAGCCUGCGUUUGAAGGACGAGUGUCACGUUUGGAGCCUGAUGUGAGUCAGAAAAACUGCAGCAUCAUCAUUAAUGAUCUGAAAAAGUCUGAUUCUGGAUCAUAUCAGCUCAGAGUUACUGGUGAACUGAAUGGACAACAAAAUGGAUUCACAUUCAUUCAGAGAGUAACUGUCUCUGUUAAAGGUCUUAAGCUGAAGCCCACAGUAAUGAUUCCCACACUGACAGAGGGACAGCAGGCCACACUGACCUGCACUGCUCCUGGUCUCUGCUCUGGAUCUGUUCCUCAAAUCACCUGGACAUGGAGAGGAGCAGGAGGGACUGAAUCUUACAUUACAGGAAACAGCACUGAUUUCAAGACUGAGAAUCUGACUGCUUUCACACAGAGACACAUCUCAACUUUGACCUUUAACCCAUCAGCUAAACACCACAACACGAACGUCACCUGUAUGAUCAGUUUUACAGGUGAAACAAUUACAGAAGAGACUUCAACCUUAAAUGUGAACUACUUGAAGGAAGUUAAAAUAAGUGGUGUUACAAGGGUGAAGGAGCAUGAAUCACUGAAUCUGACCUGCAGUGUUGAAAGUUUCCCUCCAGCUUUUAUUGUUUGGAAAUCAUUGACUACCAAUAUAAAUCCUGACAAUGGAACUAACACUGAUCUGUACAAUGACACUGGAUCAGCUACACUUGUUAUCCAGAAUGUGGCAGCAGAACAUUCUGGACAAUAUGUCUGUGAAGCAAAACAUCUGGAUACAUUUCUAACUGUAAAUGUCAACGUAACUGUGACUUAUAAAAGGAAACUUCAGAUCACUGGCAAUACAACUGUAGAAGAAGAACAUGUUCUGAAUCUAACCUGCAGUGUUGAAAGUUUCCCUCCAGCUCUUAUUGUGUGGAAAAAAUUGAGUACAAACCCAAACCUUCAUAGUGGAACUUACCUGUAUAAUGACACUGGAUCAGCUACACUCACCAUUCCAAAUGUGACAGCACAGCAUUCUGGACAGUACAUCUGUACAGCAAAACAUCUGAAUACCACCGUGACUUCUUAUGUCAGUGUAACUGUGACUUAUUUAAGGCAACCUCUGAUCAUUGGGAAUACAACUGUUAAAGAGGGAGAUGUUCUGAAUUUGACCUGCAGUGUGGACAGUAUCCCUCCAGCUCUUAUUGUGUGGAAAAAACCUAGCUCCAACACAAACCUUCAUAUUGGAACUGACACUGAUCUGCACAAUGACACUGGAUCAGCUGCACUUGUCAUCCAGAAUGUGACAGCAGAACAUUCUGGACGGUACAUCUGUGCUGCAAAACAUCUGGACACAACUCUGACUUCUUACGUCAGUGUGACUGUGACUUAUAAAAGGAGACCACUGAUAGCUGGGAAUACAACUCUUAAUGAGGGAAAUGUUCUGAAUUUGACCUGCAGUGUUGAAAGUAUCCCUCCAGCUCUUAUUGUGUGGAAAAAACCUAGCUCCAACACAAACCUUCAUAUUGGAACUGACACUGAUCUGCACAAUGACACUGGAUCAGCUACACUUGUCAUCCAGAAUGUGACAGCAGAACAUUCUGGACGGUACAUCUGUGCAGCAAAACAUCUGGACACAACUCUGACUUCUUACGUCAAUGUGACUGUGACUUAUUCAAGGAAACCUCUGAUCAUUGGGAAUACAACAGUUAAAGAGGGAGAUGUUCUGAAUCUGACCUGCAUUGUUGAAAGUUUCCCUCCAGCUCUUAUUGUGUGGAAAAAAUUGAGUACAAACCCAAACCUUCAUAGUGGAACUUACCUGUAUAAUGACACUGGAUCAGCUACACUCACCAUUCCAAAUGUGACAGCACAGCAUUCUGGACAGUACAUCUGUACAGCAAAACAUCUGAAUACCACCGUGACUUCUUAUGUCAGUGUAACUGUGACUUAUUUAAGGCAACCUCUGAUCAUUGGGAAUACAACUGUUAAAGAGGGAGAUGUUCUGAAUUUGACCUGCAGUGUGGACAGUAUCCCUCCAGCUCUUAUUGUGUGGAAAAAACCUAGCUCCAACACAAACCUUCAUAUUGGAACUGACACUGAUCUGCACAAUGACACUGGAUCAGCUGCACUUGUCAUCCAGAAUGUGACAGCAGAACAUUCUGGACGGUACAUCUGUGCUGCAAAACAUCUGGACACAACUCUAACUUCUUACGUCAGUGUGACUGUGACUUAUAAAAGGAGACCACUGAUAAUUGGGAAUACAACUCUUAAUGAGGGAAAUGUUCUGAAUUUGACCUGCAGUGUUGAAAGUAUCCCUCCAGCUCUUAUUGUGUGGAAAAAACCUAGCUCCAACACAAACCUUCAUAUUGGAACUGACACUGAUCUGCACAAUGACACUGGAUCAGCUACACUUGUCAUCCAGAAUGUGACAGCAGAACAUUCUGGACGGUACAUCUGUGCAGCAAAACAUCUGGACACAACUCUGACUUCUUACGUCAGUGUGACUGUGACUUAUUCAAGGAAACCUCUGAUCAUUGGGAAUACAACUGUUAAAGAGGGAGAUGUUCUGAAUCUAACCUGCAGUGUUGAAAGUUUCCCUCCAGCUCUUAUUGUGUGGAAAAAAUUGAGUACAAACCCAAACCUUCAUAGUGGAACUUACCUGUAUAAUGACACUGGAUCAGCUACACUCACCAUUCCAAAUGUGACAGCACAGCAUUCUGGACAGUACAUCUGUACAGCAAAACAUCUGAAUACCACCGUGACUUCUUAUGUCAGUGUAACUGUGACUUAUUUAAGGCAACCUCUGAUCAUUGGGAAUACAACUGUUAAAGAGGGAGAUGUUCUGAAUUUGACCUGCAGUGUGGACAGUAUCCCUCCAGCUCUUAUUGUGUGGAAAAAACCUAGCUCCAACACAAACCUUCAUAUUGGAACUGACACUGAUCUGCACAAUGACACUGGAUCAGCUGCACUUGUCAUCCAGAAUGUGACAGCAGAACAUUCUGGACGGUACAUCUGUGCUGCAAAACAUCUGGACACAACUCUGACUUCUUACGUCAGUGUGACUGUGACUUAUUCAAGGAAACCUCUGAUCAUUGGGAAUACAACUGUUAAAGAGGGAGAUGUUCUGAAUCUAACCUGCAGUGUUGAAAGUUUCCCUCCAGCUCUUAUUGUGUGGAAAAAAUUGAGUACAAACCCAAACCUUCAUAGUGGAACUUACCUGUAUAAUGACACUGGAUCAGCUACACUCACCAUUCCAAAUGUGACAGCACAGCAUUCUGGACAGUACAUCUGUACAGCAAAACAUCUGAAUACCACCGUGACUUCUUAUGUCAGUGUAACUGUGACUUAUUUAAGGCAACCUCUGAUCAUUGGGAAUACAACUGUUAAAGAGGGAGAUGUUCUGAAUUUGACCUGCAGUGUGGACAGUAUCCCUCCAGCUCUUAUUGUGUGGAAAAAACCUAGCUCCAACACAAACCUUCAUAUUGGAACUGACACUGAUCUGCACAAUGACACUGGAUCAGCUGCACUUGUCAUCCAGAAUGUGACACCAGAACAUUCUGGACGGUACAUCUGUGCUGCAAAACAUCUGGACACAACUCUGACUUCUUACGUCAGUGUGACUGUGACUUAUUUAAGGCAACCUCUGAUCAUUGGGAAUACAACUGUUAAAGAGGGAGAUGUUCUGAAUUUGACCUGCAGUGUGGACAGUAUCCCUCCAGCUCUUAUUGUGUGGAAAAAACCUAGCUCCAACACAAACCUUCAUAUUGGAACUGACACUGAUCUGCACAAUGACACUGGAUCAGCUACACUUGUCAUCCAGAAUGUGACAGCAGAACAUUCUGGACGGUACAUCUGUGCUGCAAAACAUCUGGACGCAACUCUGACCUUAUAUGUUGAUGUGACUGUGACUUAUAAAAGGAGACCACUGAUAGCUGGGAAUACAACUCUUAAUGAGGGAAAUGUUCUGAAUUUGACCUGCAGUGUUGAAAGUAUCCCUCCAGCUCUUAUUGUGUGGAAGAAAGUUAGUGACAACACAAAUCUUCAGAGUGAAAUUCACACUGAUUUGCACAAUGACACUGGAUCAGCAACACUUUUCCUCUCAAAUGUGACAGCAAAAGAUUCUGGACAGUACAUCUGUGCUGCAAAACAUCUGGACACAAUUGUGACCAUAAAUGUCAGUGUGACUGUGACUUGGCUAUCAAAUAUUCAAAAUGGUUCAGGAUGUGUGCUUCAGUCACAGAUCUUGACCUGUGUGUGUAUCAUUGAAGGGUUUCCUUUACCUACCAUCCAGUGGUUGCCCCUCAAGAACAACACUGAGUACUCUGUCAUUACUGCUGUGUCAAAUGACACAGUCAACAGCACUGUCAGCCUAAAUGUAGAAAACCAUGGCAACAUCACUUUUGAAUGUGUCAGCAACAAUGGAAAUGAAGAAGCUAAAGAAAAAUUCACAAUCCACAACAACUCUAAAAAAUAUGAGCAACCAUUAGAUUUAAGCAAGGGAUACCUAAAAGUCAUCAUUGCCUUUUUGAUUGGGACACUUCUUACAGCAGUUGUUUGCUUUUUGGCCAAAAAGUAUUACAGAAAAAAACAGAAGAGCUCUGGAAACCUUCAUGAGACUUUGGAGAUGGACAGACGUCAAGAUGAUCCACAGGUAUAUGAUAGUUCCCUAUUAGAAGAAAAUCAGACUCUCAACCUAAACCGUGGACCAAAAGAAGUGGAGUAUGCUGACGCUAAUUUAUCCUUUUGAAAAGAAAUAGUGCCAGGGAAGCAUCAAGGAGGAAAGCAAUAAAUGAUGCUCAAAUUAAGAAAGUAGUACAAGAAGAAGGGGGAGAUGAUGGUGGAGAAGAAGGUGAAAGAGGAGGAGGUGGUGGUACUGGAGAUAAAAGACUGUUUUCCAGAAAAGGAGGACGGACAUAAGGAUAAGUAUUUGUUUUAAAUGUCCAUCUGAUCAGAAAAAAGUGCUUGUGGCCAAUAUGGUUCUCAGUUUCAGAAAAUAUUAAAUAAUCAAAUGUUCCAGUGUCAGCUUGUCUCUCAAAUUAUCUGAAAAAGCAUGAUAUUUUAGAAAAAUGUCACGGUUGAUACAAAUUUUAGAUAUAUCUUUAUUAUAUUAAAAUCUCCAAUUUAAUCUUAGUCUUAAGUCUAUGUGUUGUGGAAUGAUUUUUUCCUGUUUUAUUGUUGAGAUGGCAAAUGCCCACCCUGAGACUGUCUUGUCAGAAACAUUGAAAAGAUGUAAUUAAAAGUGUGUAAAUUUAGUUACCAAUAAAAGUUGGUCUUUUUUACCAUA